AAGAACCAGUAUGGUUAAGAGUGCACCAUGCCACAUAAGCUAAUUCAUGGAGCUUGGCAAGCACCUUAUCAGUGGUAGCAUGUGAUAAGCAGAGGGCAGAAACCAGCCCUCUAAAGCAAUCAUGUACCGCAAUGAACUGUGCGUGCUGUUCUUUGAUAUUUGCAGAGUGAGAUAUUGGAUAUCAUCCAAUGUAAAGAUGGGCAGAACGACGCAGCCUGGCAGCAACCGCCAUCCAUUUUCCAACCCCCUUAAUGUAGGGCUGGACCGCAAGGGGAUCUUCGGGUACAGUCAGGAAACGACUCUGGAUGUGUCGUCAAGGUCUCCGAUUGAUUAGGUUUAACAUUAAAAGCCCUACGCCGUUCUUUGAUACCAACUUCAUUCCGUAUGUCGCAGGAAUCUGCGCAGAAGCGCGCAGUCUGGCAGCAGGAAGCGCUGUUAUAACAAGCCGUCGGCCUCUAAGCUCCUUCUGUCAGCGCGCACACUUAUCAGCGCUUUAUUCACGGUUGUCAGCAGUGCCCCUGUGUUAUAUCACGUGCUCUGCCGCUAAAACAACGAAAAACUUGAGCGACACGGCUGGAGACAGCGGACUAAUCGAAAGGUCGCCAUCAUGUCCCUCUUGCAGACUGCUCUCCAUUAUACCGGCACUGGACUCCUGCUGCUGCUCGUCCUGCUCCUGGCCGCCUUCGGGUUCUACUGCCUUUACGUCAAAUACAUUCACUUGAAGUUCGACCACAUCCCGGGACCCCCCCGAGACAGUUUUUUACUGGGACAUUUCAUAAAGUUUACGAAGGCAGCAGAUGAUUAUGAAGUCAGCCAUGAACUAUUUCGCCAAUGGGCUGAAGCAUAUGGGCCAGUUGUACGACUGAAUAUACUACACCAGGUGUUUCUGAUUGUGACCAGUCCAGAGGCAGUUAAGGAGCUUCUGAUGUCACCGAAGUAUACAAAGGACCCAUACAGUUACAAGCUUCUGUUUUCUUUAUUCCGACAGAGAUUUUUUGGACUUGGACUUGUGACUGACAUAAACCAUGAUCGCUGGUACCAUCAGCGUAGAAUUAUGGAUCCAGCUUUCAGCCGAACGUAAGUACUGAUUUUUAUGACCUUUAACGU